AUAAAGUGAAUCGUCGCCUUCAAUUGGCACAUUCAUUCAGUGAAGACAUCCGAAGAUGUUGACUGGCACAAUGUUGAAGAACGCAAUCUUCCUCGGACUCCUCUUCUGCUUCGGCAGCGCCAGCGCUGGUCUCCUCCCACGAGGACACGGACGCGGCUUUAGGGCGAAUUCGAAUAGGAUUGUGGGCGGACAGCCAGUUAACAUCGAGGAGAUUCCCUACCAAGUGUCCCUCAACUACUACGGUUUCCAUCUCUGUGGCGGAUCCAUUCUCAACGAGAACUUCAUCCUCACGGCAGCUCACUGCACGGACCUCGAUGUCAGCUUUGAAUCCCUGAAAAGCGCCUUCACCAUUCGAUCUGGAUCAAAUCACAGUUCUGUGGAGGGUCAAGUUCAUGCCAUCAAGGAAAUCUAUCGUCAUGAAUCUUACGAUGGAGAAUCGCUGGACUAUGAUUACUGCAUUUUGGAGCUGAAGGAUCCGAUUGUCUUUGACGACACUCGUCGUCCUGUGAAACUUCCUGCGGCUGGUGAGCCAAUUGAGGUCGAUUCCAUGCUGAAGACUUCCGGCUGGGGCAGCACGAAGAACUAUGCGGAGUCCAAUUAUCACGUUCGCGCUGUGACUGUGCCGGCAGUGGCUGAUUUCGAAUGCAGAUUCCGGUACGCCACAUCCGACAUCACCGACAGAAUGUUCUGCGCUGGCUUCCGCCAGGGUGGCAAGGACUCCUGCCAAGGCGAUUCUGGUGGCCCAAUUGUGAAGGAUGAUGGCGUUCAGGUUGGUGUGGUGUCUUUCGGUGAAGGAUGUGCUCUUCCAGGUAUCCCUGGAGUCUACGCAAAGGUUUCCACCGUCCGCGAUUGGAUUAAAACCAUCGCAGAUGUGUAACUUUUGAAUUGUAGACUUUAGCGUGAUAUGUAUUUAUUUGAAACUGUAAUAAAUGAACUGGAAGAAUAA